AGAACUUUUUUUAUAUAAUCGGAUAAAACUGAACCACAAUAAAAGAACUCUCCCGUCGACAACGACGAUUACGGAAUCUUUCUUUCACCGAUCUCCAAUCGAACACGGAAAUGCUGGCAAUUGAACCGGCAAUCUCCUUCCGUAUCCCCGCCGGCCGUUUUGCUCGUGAUUGCCGCCUCCUCUCUCACUCCCGCAGCUUCGUCAUUCCUUGCAACAAGAUUACGAGAAGGAACAAUUUUACGAAGAACAUAAUUAGAGCUUCGGCGGAGGAGCUUUCAGGUCCAGUGAAACAAGCGAAGCCACAACGGUAUCAUCCGUCUGAGGACAUUUCGGAUUCUGAAGAAUCGGAUGAGAAUGGAGACGCUAUACUUGGACCUGCUGAAACUAGCAGGACUGUUAUUGAGGUAAACAGCAAAGCAAUGCUUAUGUUCUCAGGUCUGAUAGGUGAUGGAGGCCAUGAGAAUAUCUUCUGGCCAGAUUUGCCUUAUGUAACUGAUGAACAUGGAAAUAUAUAUUUCCGAGUGAAAAACGAUGAAGACAUUCUUCAAACUCUUACUUCCGAGGAUACCCUUGUACAAGUCAUAAUAGGCUUAGAUACAACUGAAAUGGUGAGUGAGAUGGAGUUGAUAGGUCAAUUAGAGUCUGAUUUCGAUAUGGAGGAAAUUGAUGAUGAAGAUAGUGGAUCUGAUGAUGAUGAUGAUGAUGACAAUGAUGAGGAUGAAGAUGAUGACAGUGGUGGAUAUGAAAAUGAAUGGGUUUCGCUUCUAGAAGAUGAGGAAGAUGACGAGGAUUCUGAUGGAUCCCUUGGUGACUGGGCAAAAUUGGAAACCAUGCGGUCGUCCCAUCCUAUGCAUUUUGCUAAACAGAUGGCAGAGUUUGUAUUCGAUGAUCCGGUUGACUACAUGGACCAACCUCCAGCUGGUCUUGCGAUUCAAGGGCUUCUAAGAUCUGCAUUUGUUGAAGAUAAUUCUGUCAUCAACAAACAGAUUUUUGAUGACCAAUCUAACAAUGAAGAAGAAAAUCAAAUCUCAGAAGAAGAAGAAGAUUUAGGUGUUGUGAAUGGCCAUAGGCAUUCAUCUCAAGAUGAUUUGAAUGCAGAAGAGGAAUUACAGAAAGAUCAAGUCUCAGGAAAUGGGACUUCAUACUAUAAGCUAGAGAUGGUCAAAAUCCAUUUGAUCUCAGCACAUGGGAAUCAGACUUUUGUUGAAGUGGAAGAUUUUAGAAGGGCUCGACCCGAUGCUAUUGCACAUUCAGCUGCAAAAAUCAUAUCUCGUCUCAAAUCUGGUGGAGAAAAGACAACAAUAGCCCUUAAAUCGUUGUGUUGGCGAUGUAAGGGUAUUCAAGUGGAGGAGGUAGCUGUUAUUGGCGUUGACAGUUUGGGAUUCGAUGUAAGAGUUUGUUCUGGAAGACAAGUUCAAACAUUGCGCUUUGCAUUUAAAAAGAAGGCCUCUUCGGAGUACAGUGCAGAGAGACAGUUGAAUAAUCUACUAUUUCCAAGAAUCCCAGGCAAGCAACAGAAGCAGAAAGAAGCACAUCAAACAGAACUCUAAUAAAAAUUGUAGGCAAACCUUUGUGCUUAUUGUGUACAUAGCAAGCCAUUUUUUGCUGCUUGUUUUCAUCAUUCUUUAUAAUCUACAAGAUUGUAAGCCAACACUUUAACAAUCAUCUAAUUUUAUUGUAUUAUUGUUGUAUCAUGUCAUAAUUUAUUUGGUUGUUAUGGUCUCGUAUACUAAUUGAGCACUCAACAGAUCUACAACGGCUGACCCAACUGAUACAAACAAAGUAAUCUCGUUUUCCUCUUUUCUCCCAAUCUUCUCCCCUUUAAUCAACCCUACCAGAUCACCUGCAACUUCAUCUUCCUUCAUCACGCCUCUCUCAAACGCUCCCACCAACUCUCCGGCUUCCACCAACGCCGCUUCAUUGUCCACAAAAACCCUACCUCUCUUCACAGCUUCAUCAUCACAUUCCAUCAUCGACGGCUUAUACGACCCAACCAGAUCCAAAUGCGCCCCCGCCUUCAACCACUUCCCUAAAACCAGCGGCGUCUCGGAAUUCGUCGCACAGCUCACUAUAUCCGCCAUUGCCGCCGCCGGAGCUAUAUCUUCACAAACUUCAAACCGUACGCCUUCCAUUCCGCUUUCCUUCCCGAUUUCUUCCACCAGUUUUUCCGAUUUUUGUGAAGUUCGGUUCCAGAUCAUGACAUGAUUGAUGCUCGGGCGUGUUGUUAGGUGAGCUUUGAUCAAGUGCGGAGCUAACGAUCCGGCGCCGACAGAUAGCAAAACUCGAGAGUUUUUGUUGGAGAGAUAGUGUGAGGCGACGGCGGAGACACAUGCUGUACGGCGGAGAGUGAGUUCGGUUCCGUCCAUUGAUGCUAGGGUUUCGCCGGUGACGGAGUUGAAGAGGACGUAACUGGCAUGGACUCCAGGUAGGUUUAGGGCGGAGUUGUUGGGAUGGGUUGUGACUAGUUUGACGCCGAUGUAGGGGAGGGUCGUUGAGGAGAGAGACCAUGAGGGCAUGAGGAGGAGGGUGGAUGACGAGGACGUUUGGUGCGAAUGGCGAAUCGGGGAUUGGAUUACGGAGGAGGCGGCAGCGAGAGAUGUUUGGAGGUGGUUAAUUAGGGAUCGGUAGGGGAGAACUGACCGGAUUGUCGGUGCGUCGAUGAAGAUUGGCGAUCUGCCGGCGGAGGGACUGAGAUUGCCGAUCAUGGUCGCCAUUGACGAUAGAGCUAACAACUAACUAACACAGCAUUCGUAUUUGUAGAGAAAGUACCCAUAAG